GUUGCUCUCUCAUUUUUACGAGAUUUGAUCUGUAAUUGAAGCAAUUAGAUAACAUUAAUAAUUCAGACAAUGGCAACAGUAUCAUAUUUAUGUCGCUGUUAUUUGUAAACUUUUUAAUACACGAAAAUGCGUUUUGGAAUCCAGUAUUUGACGGCCCUGAUUAUCACAGCGUCUGCCCUAGAGGUGAACCAAAAUCCGUUCCCCGAGCACUUCAAACUUGGAGUAUCCACGUCGGCUUACCAAAUAGAAGGGGCAUGGAACGAAGAUGGAAAAGGGUCCAGUAUUUGGGACGAUUUUGCCCAUGAGUAUCCAGAGCUGAUCCAAGAUGGUUCAAAUGGAGACAUUGCAUGCGACUCGUAUCAUCGCUACAAAGAAGACGUGGCUCUGCUUAAAGAGUUGGGGGUGCAGUUGUAUAGAUUUUCCAUUUCAUGGCCCAGAAUUCUGCCCAAUGGCACUUCCAAUAAUAUCAAUGAGGCCGGCAUCGAAUAUUACACAAACUUACUGAAGCUUCUACAAGAAAACGGUAUAGAGCCGAUCGUGACCCUCUAUCAUGCAGAUCUUCCAUCAGUGUUUCAAGAAAUGGGUGGAUGGGAUAAUCCGGAGAUUGUAAAUUAUUUUGGCGAUUAUGUGCGACUGUGCUUCCUCCGUUUUGGGCAAUACGUGAAAUACUGGGUGACCAUCAAUGAACCCAUUAGUACAUGCGACAUAGGAUACCCAUAUUCGACGGGUUAUUUGGUUUUGAGUGAAAGCGUCUAUUUAUGCGCCUACACCAACAUGAAAGCACAUGCCCUGGCUUAUCACAUUUACCAAGAUGAAUUUCAAAAAGAACAGCAAGGUAAAAUUUCACUUUCAUCGUCCGUCACUUGGUAUGAGCCAGCAUCGAACAGUACCGAUGACCAAGAAGCUCAGGAUCUGGCACUGCAAUUUUCAGUGAGUUAUUUUGAAAGCAGCUAAACAAUAGGGUAUUUU